AGUCGAGCAUAACUGGAAGAGAGCACAGCAGUACAGUUGUUCAUAGUAGGAAGACAGGCAGCUCUGACUCUGAAGAAGUCGAAGCAGUGGGCAGCAGCUCUGCAUUGGAAAAGUUAAAAAGUCGUACAUACAUAUUUUGGAGUAGAAAACUGCACCGUGUGGCAGCUCGUGUCUAUUUUCUAGUUCCAAUUUGACCAAUGUGAUUCCAAUUUGAAAUUGCCCACUUGAAAAACGCAGAAAUUGUUCAGUGAGAAAAAAGUGCAACCCUAUGGCUACUCGGAAUUGUAUUUUUUCGUACGCGCGACCGUCACGAUACGUGAAUGGCGUAGAAAAUCUUAUAGUAAUUUUUACGGAGCGGGCGAAUAUUGCUGUCAGUUUCCACAAAUCGUCCUAAUUUGAGGUCAAAAGUGCAGUCGCAAGAAGUACACAGCUCCAGUAAAGGGAAGACACCAAAAGGAAAAUAUUAAGUUUGUAAAGGAAAAGAAAAAUCAUUACGAAGAAGACAAAGUGCGGAAGGGAAAAAAAAUCUGUAGGCGCUUUAUCGCCAGACGUGGAACUCCAUUUUUUUGUAGUCUUGAUUCUAUCCUGCUUGCACGUACACAUCGUAGUAGGCUCUCGUAGCAGCAGCAAACGGGGCUGGCAAAGGCAGUCAGUCGUCCAACAGAGGGCCGAGCCGAGCCAUACUCUACUGUGGCUUGUUUGUCAAAGCAAAGCAGACGGCGGGUGGGGUGAGAAGAGGAAUAAACCCACGGAGCAAAGGAGUGUUGAAAAGAAAAUAUACGAGUACUACAACCACGACGCAAAGUGGGCGAAAACGGCGACACAAAAUCAUUCCAUGAAGUGCUGAGCGAGAGCCCUGCAAAGGAACAGUAGGCUAACAAACAGUCAUCAUCAGUCAGUCAGUUCGAUGAAAGUAUCGCCAAGAAACGAACGCGCUGAAAAGAGAAGAGUUUUCCAAUAUACCUACUUUGUAUUGUGAAUUGGAGCACAGAAGUGAGAUGUAAAGUGAUAGACCGGACCCGGACUCCAGUGCAGUGCCAGUGUCUUCCACCGAGUUCGAUCUUAAUUGGUUACAAUUGCGUCUGAACAUUUAAAUUUCUACCCGAGGACGGCAGGCUAAGCUAAUUGUGUGUUGUGUCUCGGUCAAUGAGAAGUUCGCCUUUAUCGAUAGUGAAGGCUGCGGCUGAAAAGUCCCAAGAAAAUUGAUACUUACGGUGGUGACUGAUCGAGCGCAGCGGGCACAACCACCACAUACAAAGCGGCGAAUCCGUGGCACCAGCCAAUGGCUCCGUAUUAGAAGAAGUUGAGAGGGGGUGCACGUGAGGGCGGCUGGAAAAGCGGAACAAAAUGAAGCCAUAACACCUACGACGUUCGCCAUCUGCUCGGUAAAAUCGGGAAUUGCGGUCAGUUCCAGGCUGCAAGUGACCAUCCGAAGGAUUACAGACUGUCCUUCGAGGCCGGAGGAAGAGCGUACCGCGUUCAAUUGUCCGGAAAGCUUCUCCGGAAUCAAAAUAUUUACAUAACAUUGUGCCGUAUUCGGGUUUUGAUUAACAGCCUGUGCUGGCACAGAGACAGGCUUUUUCGAUUUGUUUUUCGUGGCGGGUUGUGCGUGUGUGUGAGCGAUUUUGUAAGGGAACAAAACUGAAUAUUUCUCAUUAAAACUCAAAAGAGGGCUUUGGGAAGACAGAUAUGAAUGCAUCAUAAAACUAAUAAGAAUCCGUGGAGAACAAGAAAUGGGUCUGGAGAAGCGCUAAUCGGAUGUUCGAAUGUUGAAAAUUCUGUAUGCAUGGAUUAGUGUUGAAAGAUAAAGGCGUGUAUAAAAGGAAAAGAAUAAAGUUCUGAAGAAAAAAAAGGACCAGUGAAGUGGUUUUGGUGUUUCGUAUCAGCAUUUCCCAUUAAUUGGGAACAUUUUACUUGCAGACCGGUGCGCACUGAAUGUGGAUGGGCGGGCAACGAAGCAGUCACCGUUUCCUUAGUUUCUGUUCCGUUUCCUCCAUUUAUUUUGAUAUUAGUUACGAAGGAUUCUACCGUAUGUAUCUGGUACAAUGCGAAAGCUAAGCGUGAAUACCGGAGGGAUGUCUAGACAAUCGAAAUCAGCACCCCAGGCGAAGAAGGUGAUGCCACCGGCUGUUCCGGACGUGUACGGACGAACAGGUGCAAUCACGCAACCCGGUGGCUCCGUUGAAGAGAACGGAGGAUUUAUUAUCCAGCAACAGGAGACACCUUCAACGCUAAUGCUACGAUACGAUCACACCGACUUUGCCGAUGAUCAGGGAAUUGAUCUCACGCAAUCGCCUGGACGCGAUAGCCCUAUUAGUUUGUCGGGAUCGGCUGGUUCCGGUUCUCGUCAUUCGACAGCUAGUUUGGAUUCGGGACGAGCGUCUUCCUAUUUGACAGGAGCAUCUACUUCUUCCAACCGGAGUGCCGGAGGAUAUGGAACUUUAUCUUCCCCGCGGUGCUCCGUCAGUUCGUGUUCGAUUGGCAGUGGCAAUAGGUUGAGCAAUCACUCGAACCGCAGUGAUCACGACAUUAUCUCAGAAUGGCUGAAUGAGGUACACUUUCACGAAUAUACUUACCUAUUUUUGGAAGCGGGAUACGAUUUACCGACAAUAGCGAGAAUGACUCCGGAGGAUUUAACUGCGAUCGGCAUUAAACAGCCGAACCAUCGUGAAAGACUGAAACGGCACAUUGAUGCUCUUAAAUUACCUGAUGCUUUACCGAACUACGUACCAGGAUCGAUCGAAGAAUGGCUGCGUCUGUUGAGGCUUGAGGAAUACGUUGCCCCUUUGUUGGCUCAGGGAUAUGUUACUGUUAACGAUGUCACGCAGCUCACGUGGGAGGACCUGGAAGAUAUAGGGAUCGUUAAACUAGGCCAUCAGAAAAAGAUACUUCUCGCGAUCAAACGCGUUAAGGAUAUCAUCAGUGGAAAGCUGGGUGGUCCAUACGUUGGUCCAGGAGUUCCAUUGCCACAGCCAACGACGGCAGCUCUGCAUUGUCAACCGAUAAGAGCCCAGUUUGACGAAUCGCUGGAACACAAGCAGCUAACCUAUUCCACUUUCAUGCGGCAACCCGCCCCCGGUACAGAUCCGUACUAUUGUCAGCAACAUUUGCAGCAACAGCAGCAGAUCUCUUACCCACAUGUGCAUUUCGAUGGCAAUCAAGCUAUUUAUCGUCGAAGUUCGUACGACGACAGUGACAUCACGCCAACCAAUGAAAUGUCUUCGAUGAUGAGCAACGAUCAUCAUGGAGCGAUCAACAGCCAUCAACAGUACUAUCAAGGUGGGGGAACACUUCCUCGACAACAUCAGCGCAAUAGCUACGGCGUGCGAUUGACGCUUUGCCAGAAUCCUCCUAGCACUGCCACCACCCAACGGCAGCGACCUAUAGCAAAAAUUGUAGCGAAUAACCUUAAGCUGGCUCCGACUUCGGAUGGCGGACCGGCACCACCUUACCCUAAUCCAAUGAUCGGCCAGAUUGAAAACGUCGAAAUGGCCACAGCAGCACUCGAUGCGAUGCACUUUUCCAAUUACUCUUCUUUCAAUCAUCAUCCGCUUAAAUACAAUCCCGCCACCGCUACUCAGCCGCCUCAGCCAAUCUAUCACAAUCAGAUAAUCUUGCAACAACAGGCUCAACUGCAGCAGCAACAGCAAACGCAACAGUUCUACUCCAAUUACGCCGGCCAAACGCACCAAACAACUGUCGAAAUCCACAAAACGCAGCACGAUAACAAGAGCAAUUCGAGCCUAGAAUCUAUCGAUCAGAUUCCGUUCGCUAACGAAAAUGCCGGAACGAUCAAACAGCGCUCGAUGAACCGCACCGAUCAUCAUCCCAUGCACAUGCUGUCCCAUUCCUCGUCGUCCACCUCGUCGUCGUCGUCGACGGGUUCGAUCACGACCACCCUGGCCGGCUGUAUUCAGCAGUUGUCCCCACCCCAGCAACCGGGGACGGAACAACCUCCGGGGGCGGCAACGGCUAACAAUUGCUCAAAGAGUAGCAGCAGCGGCAGCAGUGGGCCCGGACUGGCCGGAGUCGCCGCGGCCGCCGGCAAAUCUGCUUCCGCUUCGGCCUCGUGCACGACUUCACCGACGACGGCCACCGCGGCCCAGAUCGGCAUGGUCGGCACCAAUGUGCUGAACGACAUCGGCAACAUGCUGGCCAAUCUGACCGACGAACUGGAUGCCAUGCUGGAGGAGGAGAACCGGGCUGGGAUUAGCGAUAUCGAAUAAAUCCCAACCAAUGAUCGUCCGGAAAAACCCAAAAGGUGCUGGACUGUGAUGACGAUGAUGGUUUAUGAAGGAAAAAAUCGGACAACCAGAGUGAAGACUUUGUCUCACAACAACCAGCUAGCGGGUCGCACAAAUCGAUUUGUCGGAGGAGCAGCAGGUGGUGGCCGUGAGUCAAAACCCGCAGGCCACCAGGAUAGCAAAGAAUCAAAUCUUAAGCGCAACUAGCAGAGCAAUAUUACUAAAAAGGAAGGAUCCAUCAGUUGAUGGACGGAAGCAGCAACACACUAGUGGCAGCAGCAGCAGCAUCCGGGUGGAUGAUUCUACUAGAAAUCUACUACCUACGACUAUCUAGCUAUGUAUUCUGUAUCAUUUAUGAGUAGGUUUGUGUACUUUUUGUGUAUGGCGACGGCGGCGCCCGGUUUUGGAGAGGAAAUGUUAGAUAGAGGUGUUACAUUUCGGCACUCACUUUCGGGAGGAAAAAUCGUCUCGCUCGCUACUUAGACGAUUUCCUUUUUGGCUCGCGGCGGCGCCACCAUUUCCUCAUCACUCAACACAGUCAGUCAGCUAGGCAGCUAAAUAGCUUCGAUUCUCUCGAUUUGGGGUGAGAUCAGCGCGACUUUCACAUGCCUCCGCCGAUGUUUAUGGGAAAAACAACAACGGCCCGGCUCGACGAGCAAGCUAGCUAGCUGCUAGCGGAAAUGGAAAAUAAGGCAUUAAGAAAGCGCGAGUGAGUUUUCUUCGUGGAAAGGUAGUUGAACCGAUAAUUGAGUUAUAGGUUAAACGAUUUUGUGCUGUCUCGCCGCGGAAAACGGCCCCCAACCGAAUGUUGUUGGGAUUUUCGUUUUCGUCGUUGAGGCUUAUACGUGGGACGUUUGGGAAAGACAGACCGAAUAGCAUGCCGGUUGUUGAGGUUAUGGAAAGAGGAAAUUGGGUUGAUGAAAUUAUGUUCCACAAACUAACAACUAACAAGUUUGCAGCAGCAAAACAGCAACAACAAUCAUGAGCAUGAUGAUAAUCGGGGGUUCAUUUGUGGGAGCACAUUAGAGUAGGUAGGUGGUUAGGAACAUACAUAAGUAGAGCACCGAUAUUUGGGUUGAGCAAGAAGCUACUAGAAACUGUCAAAAGGGCAAUGCCACCUGCCACCCCCGACGAUGGGGAUGCGACGAACCCUUAAACCGUUUGUUUACGUUUUCGUAAUUUACUGAACAGAAAGCAGAAAAAAACCGGUUGCGUCAGUGCGAAAUUCAACGACGACCAACUGUAUGUGUCUGUCUCUCGCGCGGAUUGUAAUGUGAUGCGAGGUAGCUAGCAACAUUGUACAAAUUGUAUUGCUGCAGUAGAGCUCUAAUAGCUAUAUGAGGAUUUCUGUUUUGAGUCGCGCCGUUGAUGGACAACGCACGAGUUUGUGAGUUGUUGCUCAAGAGCUCAUCCGACUGGGCGAUGUGGCAGCCAGCAGUGGCAUCUCUUCUUUACCUACUCAUAUGCAUGUUUACAAAUCACGCAUUUCCAUUUCAAAAGAAUACCGCCCAGCCCAGCUCAUAUGGCACCUUCCACCUCCAUCUCACUGACCCUUUCGCUGGGGUGUGUAGAGUAUGGAGAGGGCGACGCCACGCUUGACGUUCGUCUCGUGACGACCGUGUGUCAUUCCACUUUGCAUGCUCUGCCCAUCCGUAGAGAUUUGUCUUUCGGUCGCUUAUGCUCGUUUUUUUCGGUUUCGUUUGUUUCCGAGGAGCAUAAACCAUCUAUCCAUCAACUACAUACAUCUAUAUGCUGCGGUUGAUUCGUGCCGUCAGUCAGUCGAAUGCAAACAUUGAACACGGGCCAAUUUAUGGCGGAGGGUGUCGUAAAUAAUAAACAAGCCGCGGCCGGCGUGUGCCCGCUCGGAUGAGCUAGGCAGUAUUUAGGAAUUAAAAAUCGCCGAGAAGCGACGGAGUUUGCGUGUGCUCGGAAGCAUCGAGCAAAUCUUUGCAGCUCGUGAGAUCGCGUGUGAGCUCAUUAUCAUCAUCGAUCACACCUUUUGGUCGUUUCGAGCAGUCUAUUAUUGAACAUCUAGAUGUUUUUUUUUUCCUAGAAUUUCGGCAUCACUAUGAUGGGGGUACAAAUUGAAAAUCUCAAACGAAUAUGGCGUCACGAAAGUCACACUUUUAAGGACAUCCUAAUUGAAAGUAUUUCUUCUAUCCCGAAAAAAAAUCUAAUGGGAUUACCAGCCUGUCGGCCGAGCGCGGGAGCUUCGAAAUGAUAGCGCUAUUCUUAAAGGGUGAUACGGUAAAAAUUUGGUCAAGGGAAAACGCGUGUAAAUCGGUGAAAUCGUUUAUUUAAAAAAUCAAAUUAAAUUUCUUUUUCAAGUUUAAUUAGUAUAAAAUUCAGGAUAAAUAUUCAGUUAGGCUUCCGCUUUUCCAAAUUCGAAUUACCGGGCCUUACGCUUAACCCCUGCCAUCAGAUUUUGUACAGCCACCUUGUCCACCUUCUUCGUCGCAGAAAGCCAGUUUGCCUUGAACUGCUGCUCGUCCUAAGCAGUUUUUUUGGUCUUCUUUAGGUUCCUCUUGACAAUAGCCCAGUAUAUCUCAAUUGUCCUUGAGAACCAUCUGCACGUUGUUAACGGCGUACCACUCCAUGGCCUUUUUACCGUAAUGGCAAGAUGCCAAAUCCGGCCAAAACAGUACGGAAAAACCGUGUUUCUUCAGGAAAUGCAGCAGACGUUUAUUCAAACUCUCUUUCACGUAAAUUUAUUGGUUGACAGUCCCGGAAGCUAUGAAAAUGCUGCUUUUCAAGCCACAGGCACAGAUGGCUUGCCAAACCAGAUAUUUCUUCGCGAACUUUGACAGUUUCAUGUGCUUGAAAAUAUCUGCUACCUUUCCCCUUCCUUUUGCCGUAUAAAACUCCUGUCCCGGAAGCUGCUUGUAGUCGGCUUUGACGUAGGUUUCGUCGUCCAUUACCACGCAGUCAAACUUCGUCAGCAUCGUCGUGUACAGCCUCCGGGAUCGCGCUUUGGCCGUCGUAUUUUGUUUAUCACCGCGAUUUGGAGUCACUACCUUCUUGUUAGUCGAUAGUCCGGCUCGUUUUUCGGCUCGAUGCACGAUUGUAGACGAUACACCCAGCUUAUUUGCGACAUCUCGGAGAGAGAGGUUAGGGUUUCGCUUAAAACUACCAGCAACUCUCUUCGUCGUCUCAGCAGCUCCCGGUUUUCGAUUUCCCCCCGAUCCAGACUUCCUGGCUGUCGACAAACGUUCCCCAAACACCUUAAUUACAUUUGUAACGGUUGAUUUGGCAACUUUUAGCGAUUUUGCCAGCUUUGCGUGAGAGUAGCUCGGAUUUUCGCGAUGCGCGAGCAAAAUUUUGAUACGCUGCUCUUCUUCCUUGGACGGCAUUUUGACAACUGAAGAGUGAAUUCCAAAAUCAAAAUAGAAGCAACAUUCUACACACACACACACACACACACACACACCUUCAAAAUGAGGGGUGUUUAGGUUUUUGAUUGAGUUGAUAUUGACCAAAUUUCGACCGUAUCACCCUUUAUUCGCGCUCUGGCGGAUUCAUGUUUUUUGGCAUAAAACAAAUGUUUUGGCUUUUGUACCACCCUAGUGUGUCUUUGGCGUAAUGACAUGAUGAAAAAUCGGGCCAAAAUAUGACGGGUCCAUCAUGCUGCUUGAUCAUCGACAAUAAAAGCUUCUGGAGGCAUUCCUUGAUAUAGUUCUGGGUGUUCAUGGUUUCUGUUGUGACGUACGGGCUUUAUAUUUGGCGAAACUCCCAAAUUGCCUGUCAAAAACUCACCUUCUUGCCAAAUUUUUCGUUGAAAAUGGCCUUCUCCGUUGGUUAUAUGCUUGUCCUUGCGUAUAGUGAAGUAUUGUGGCCCAGAAAGGGUUUUAUAGUUGAUUUGGGUUCCUUUUAGGGAUUUUUUUCUGCUUCCGGUACGUCUUGAGCCCAAAUCGCUCUUUAGCACGCAUCACGCUAGACGUCGAGGUUCCGACUUUUCUCGCCACAUCCCGAACGGAAGCCGAUGGUUUCUGUUUGUAGGCAUCCCUUUUUGUCGAUACAGGACCAGAUUUUCGGCCACUCCUUGGUUCAUCUUCUAAUGUACCAUGUUCACCAUAUAUUUUAAUAGCUCUCCGUUCCGCUCCGACGCUCACAUCAUCACCUAUUGGCAAUUUUCUCAAUAAGAUUCCUUUCACAGUACACCACUUGUGUACGAUACUUUUUCUAUUUUUCGGAGUAAGACCACGCAUUUUGAAAUGUAAUCACAAACUAAAUGUGUUUUGAUGUUGUCACCUACAGAAAUGUGUAAACAAAAGGACGCAGCCAGUAGAAUUCGAAAAAAAUAUUCGAUUCAAAAUGGCCGUUAACAUUGGGUAUGCUUAUAAUUUCUUGGACAGUCUAUAGUUCAACGACUAGAGGAAUCUGCAAUAUAGAUCCAUCGAUUGUGUCCGAGACAAUCCGACUACAAUCUUCGUUUGAUCUAUCUCCUCUUGCACGUUACGUAGAAGGUCUGGCAGAUAAGGUAUGACGUCGUGGUGAGACUCGAACUCUGCUGCGGCAUUGAAUCCAUUAACGAAGAAGAAGUCAAUUUGGCUGGUCACAGCGUAGAACUUGGACCGGGUCAUAUCCGAUCGGGAUAUCUCGUAAAAUUGAUCUCUGAAUAGUAGCCACAGCAACAGCAAGGCAUGGAUUAUCACUAUAUAGAGAGUUCCUUUCUGGACCGACUCGGCCAAACCAUCCCAAAGUGUUCGAUUCUGGAUCUUCUAUAUACUCGCGUUGAGCCAUGUUAUCGGAACAUCCUUCCGUUGGGAAGAUUGACGUUGCCAAGUUCAGUACACACGUACUUGAUGAUGGCAGAUGGUUUAAGCCCUAACUCACCUAGGUCAGCGACGAAAUCGCCACGUUCAUGACGGGCGAUGUUGACACCGUUCAACUCAACUUGUCUCAGCAUCCUGUAAUAGGCACCAGCGUGCUAGUGUAAUAUUGAAGAGCGGGCAGAAAUACGCGUCUAGCAGAUGCUGAAAUUUUCGCAACUAAACCAGCGUGUAGUUGACGGGUAACUUCGUUUAAGCCUCCGGCACCUGAGUAGAUGCGGAAUUCACCGAGAUUUGGUCCAACCUCAGCUCCGGAUAGAAGAGCGAGGGCAGUAGAUCCCGGUUUCGUUAGAUAUGCUGGGCUGGUAUUGUGGGAGUGGCCCCAUUUUGCGCUGGCGGACGAAAGCCGCGCCCUCCUCGUCGACCGCGCAUGCGGGGUGGGUUGGCCCGAAGCCUGGGCGUUAUCACUUGGUUGUUGGUCGCCGCCAUCUCUCCAUCCUGGGCGAGAAGGGCCCGCAUUGCUGUUGUAACGUGGUUGCCCACGAUUUUCGCGAUUAUUAUCAGCGUUCAUUCAAAUAAGAAUUUUAUUAAAAAAGGGGGGAUCCUUGUUGAGAUAUGGAUUAAAUGAUUGAAAAUGUGAAUAAAAUCUGCCCUGUUUCUUAUUACAAGAAAUGGUCACGGAAUAGACGGGACAAGUUGGAAAAGGCAUUCAAAACUCAUUUCAAGAAAAAUCAGAAAAAUUUCGCUAAGGUCCGUUUUUUUGGGCCCAUCUACAAAAUGUAUAAGGACGGUUUUCGAAAUUUGACAUGACCCAUUUGGCUGCCACGCCAUGUACAUAGAUAAGGGACAGGAUCCGGGAUCAACAUCAGUUCACGGGAUUAUAAUCCAAAAUCUGGAUCUGGUAACCGAAUUCGGGAUCAGUAUCCGGGAACAGAAACCGGAAUCAAGAUUACAUACUCUCUGGGCCUUGGAUUCCGGACAAAGAUCGGAGUCCGAUCAAGUUCAAAUUCGGAAAUCAGGCUCAAUAUUACGAUGCGGGAUAACGGUCCAGAAUCAAGAUCUGUAUUCAGAAUCCGGUAUCAGGAUCAAAACCAGAAUCGGAAAUCAAGUCCCAGGUUCAGCAUAACGAUCCAGAAUUAAGAUCAAAAUGAGCGAUCAUGAUUUAAGAUAGCUGUCGUUUAAAUUCCUGCACUCUCCAAGCAGGUUUCAGCAUUCUGAAACAAAGCACAAACCACUCCGGGAACUUCGGUCGGCCACUUAUUCAAAUAUUUUCCACGGUUUGGUUCCAAAACUUUUAGUUUAGAAACGCAUGCGUCGCCUAAAACUCAUGGCUUACUGCUCCUUCAACAUAAGUUUCUAAUUUUUAACGGCGCGUUCGUAAAUUGAUUUCUUUCUAUUGAUGUGUAUUUUUUUUUAUCGAUGCUGGCGUUCGUAAAUUAAACAAACUGUAUGCAAAAGCAUUGGAAGGGGAUUUGACAUCUUCCCAAAAAAUCCUAUCGAUAACCUAAAAAAUCAAUUUACGAAUUUAAGAGAAUUUAUUUUAAAUUGAUUUAAUUCUCAAUAUGUAAAAGAUGGAUAUGAUAUUGUUAUUUACAAACUAAAAUUUGUUCAAAUGUCACUGUCAUCUGUUGUUAGUUUGUGGCAUCAGAUCUUCCCUAUUUUUGUGAAGUUCCUUAAAAUUGAAAAUAAUUGAUAUAAACAAAAAUCAGUAAGUAACAAGGAAAUCUUUGUAAAGUUGGACUUUUUCGACAGGUUUUAAUUUUUUUCUAGGAGGUCUCUUCAUUAGUUGCAAUAAAUCCUGAAGCCAAACCAAAACAAUUCUAUCAUCCACUACCUUUGAAGUGAGCAGAGAUAUAGAUUUCUUCGCAUACAUUUUUCUAAGAAGAGGUGACAAAAACGGGUGAGCUCUUCAGAAGCAAGUCUUAUGUUUUUGUUCUUAGGAAGUUAAGGAAAAAACAUCGUGGGUAGGAGGUGUGUUUUUGUGGGUUCAAAACAUAACCAACAACUAACCCAGAGCAUUUUGAUGUGUUUAGUAGGCGAACGUGAAAAGUUAAAUCCAAACAAAAACACCACGCCACUUCCAGCAAAAAUAAAAAAAAAAACGCUUCUAGGAGCUAAAUCUACUCCAAGGGCCGCCGGCCGAGUAACACGUUUAUUUACAAACAAAUUUAGCAUUCGGUAGGCAGACAGUCUGGAGAGAGGCGAACGGAAGUCAGUCUUAGAGCUAGGGAAAGGGGAAUGAAAACGCAUCCAAACAUUUUACUGAGGAAGACGCGAUCGCGCGAGCGAGCUGUUUCUUACAGAGGAACGUGCACCUUCAAGCAGCGUAGAAAAUUAGAAGAAGCAAGUUUAGACCGGAGGACCAUAAAACCCGAUUUCCGCCCCCGCGAUUUCCGUCUCCGAUUUGCCCUCGUCCGUCGAACGGACCAGACAGUCAAUAGGGGGGCCCAAUAGGGUUGCGCGCACCACAAGUUUUCGCUCGCCGUCCUUCCUUCCUAAUGGUUAUAUUUCGAUCUGAAUGGUGGAACGUGUCGAUCACAUAAUCUGGAAUGGCGUUGUUCUAUCGAUUUCCAGUUCGAUUUGUACAGGUCGAGAGUAACAUUUCAAUUUUUGGUAACGACAGAAUGGAACACGAAAUGAAACUUGCAAAAUUUUGAACUUUUACAAAGGUUUAUCAAUACAAAUCUAAUAGGAUCAAAUUCUUGAAUAUUUUUUUCACGGUCGCCAUAUGAAUGGAGUAUUUAUUGAAGCUCUCUCAAACUAACUAAGUUGAUCUGAUUUUACCUCAAGCAUUAGCUGUCGAUUGAUAUAUGUUAAUUUACAUAACCGGAAUUUCAAGUUACGGAUUUUGACAGUUGACGUUCAUGCACUCGAAAAAAAACCUUUGUGAAAAUGUAUAGGAAUUGUUUGGUACUCUCGUAAUUUUUUUUUUAUUAAAUCAACACGUUCACCUUCAUCUUGAUCACAAACGAAAGGAGUAGUAACUCCCGCACAAGAACGACCGCAAGGAAGGAAAAAUAAGAAAAAAAACCCAUCUGUGGUGUUGAACCUCCCAGAAGAAACAGGAGAGAACAACCGAAAUCGAAAAAAAAAGUUAGACGGAAAAUCGGGACGGACGAAGACGGACGAGACAAAUGAUGGGAUUUGUUGCAGCCAGCCAGUUGGAUUCCUUAAGUGCGACCAUAUGUGUGUUCGGUUGUUUCCUCGGAAGAUUACCGAUGAGCGCACGUGUUCAAAAUGAUGUUGUCGUUUUUUUCUUCUUUUGAUUUUGUUUUGUUUUAAAUGUUGGUGUUGAUGUUUGGGAAUCAUUUCGUCAUAAGAACACCCGCACCCGCGCAACCUUCGUCCUUUGGUAGGAGUUCGAAACGCAGAAGACGGAGACGAACGUUCGGGAUCAGUCAGAACCAUAGAAAUAGAAAUGCAGCUCAUCCAGACUUUUUUUUUUUGCUUCGAACUAUUUCUCUCAAGUGUAUUUCGAUUUUCGUUUUUCCCUUUUUCUGUUUCGAAAAACUAUAAACGGGGUGAUGGAAACAUGUGGCUUCGGCCGUCUAUUUUUGACCACAAACAACAUCUUUUAACCGAUGUUAUGUAUGUAUAUUAUUUUCCUGCAGGAUUGCAUCGAACAAAAACCACAUGAGAAGGGAAAAUGGGCGAGGGGGGCACAAAUUUAUGAUGGAACGAAUUGGUAAAAUUUACUCAAAAUUCGUUUCAAUCCAAUGAGUUGAGCGUAAUUUUAUGGCUAGUGUUCUAAUGGCUUUUCGUUUUAUUUCAGAUGGUCCAGAGUAAUGUUAAGAAAAUUAAUAUUGGAAUUGGCGAACCCUCAAAACGAAGGAACAAUUUUUGAAUCAAGCAGUUCUAGAGAUGAUUUUUUUAGUAAAUCGUCUAAUGGAAGAGGUCUAGAGGCAGUUAGGAAACCCCUCCAAAUCGGAACGAUCCGAUGAAAGGUGGCGGACGAGUGUUGCCUCUGGGGCAAUAAAACUCUUCCAUUUCUCAAAAAUGCUCUUACUCAAAUCAAAAACAUUUGGAUUGGAUUGGAGUAGAAAUGAACGUCAAGACAAGUCAAGCCAAGCCAAGCCAGGUUGUUGUAAAAUUUCAACCGUGAAACGACGAUGCUGAAAUGCCUGACGAGGUGAUGAAAUUAUUGCUUGAUCCCGAGAAUUGACCCAUAGAAACUAGAGAUGAAUCUCAAGGGAGCUAUUCGUGAAAUAGUUUUUUUCAACCCGACUUUUGAUCUACUAAGGUAGCGAAAAGAAGAGACACUUUCAUCGUUGUCGUCGUUUUGAAAUCUAUCAAGAGGUUCUAUUUUUAAGAACUAGGCCAAUCGAGAUCCAAUCUCGUUUGUAGCAUACAAAAAUCUGAAUUAGGACAGAAGCUAUUUGUACACCUCAACGAUCUUGAGCGAUUCGUCGUUGGCUCUGUAACCUUCAGUUUUGAAUAAUUAGAAUGCAGUAUGAAAUCUCUGUUCAGGAUUCUAGAUUGGAAAACAAAAACUGGCGAAGAGGUUGAUAACAGUUAAACUGUAAUUAAAAAUUAUGUUACGAUGUCUGCUUAAGAAAGCUUAAAGACACUUCCAGUGAGAUCGAUCUUGUUUGCACCCUCAGAACUGAAAAACAGUUUACAAACCUCCAUUAUUAUUGAAUGUAGACCAGAGCUCUGUGAAAACUGUAAACAAUCGCACUGGAACACGUGUUGUGCACUUUGCCCAUUCCAAAAUGAAGAAGAAAAAACCCUGCGGGUUACUUCUCGAGGAAGCAAGUCGUAAUCGAAACAGAUGUGUGUACUGGAACUAGUACCAAACAAUAAGGUAUUCAGAAUCGCUCCCAUUUGACUGGUUAGUUGGAAAAGAUUCUAAACAACAAUCACUCGUGCACACGAUCGAAUCCAGAAGUUUUUUUUUCAGGGAUGAAAAUAGAUCAACCGGAAUCGGGUCAUAAACUACGUGUCUGUGUGGACCACGUUGAGAAAAUUUGUGUUUUUCCGGGAAACUUCUCUCUGGAAAGUUAUCUGGGUGUCUACAGCAAACUAGUUUCGAGACUAGUCAACCCAUUUUGUAAACAAUGCUUUCUUUUUUUAAAACUUGAUUAAAUAGAGAGAAAACAAAUGUAGACCGUAUCACUUUGGCUUAAUAGUUAAACCUAAAAAGGUUUCAUGUCCAAGCCAGAAGUUCAGACAAAUCUACAAAAAAAAAACCGAUUUCAAUCAUUCCAGUCACUAACUUUUAAAGUCAAGCCUCCGGUGUUUUGCCACAAAGUUCAUAGAAUCAUUCCAGUUUUAGUAAACUAUACAGUUCAAAGCCGAAAGUACUUAUUUUUAACCUAGGUAAUAUUCAAUUUCAUUCCAAGCCAUAAAGAUUCGUAGCGAAAUAGUUUCAGAAUUCAGAUUGUUCAAUCCAAAAAAUUAGGUCAAAAGUAUGAGGAUUCAGUACUCAGAUCCAAGAUCCAGAACUCUAAGAUCCACAUUUAGAAUUUAAGAGAAUUUAGAACUAAGAUCCACAUUUAGAAUUCAGAUUCACAAUUGAGACUCAGAAUUCAGAUUCGCAAUUCCGAUUCCGAAUUCAGAUCUCAGGAUUCAUAUUUUUUUUAUCAGAUUUAGAAAUCAGAUUCGGGAUUUAGGAUUCCGAUUCAGAUUUGAGACUUCGGAUUUAGAAUCAGAAUUCAGGUUCGGAAUUCAGAUUCAGAAUGCUGAUUCGAAACUCAGAUUCAGAGUUCAGAUCCAGAUUUGAUUCAAACUUCUGAUUCACAGUGUCGGACAAUAGAAUAGGACCACAGCUCAAUCCAAAACAGAAAGUGACAAAACUUUGAGAAAAAAAUUUCCAUUUAAGUGCAUCAAACCAUUUACAAAUUGUAAAUUCCAUUCUUCGAAUAAAUUAAAAUCAUCCGUAGUUAAAACAAUUGUCCUUUAUUUAAAAAUGCGUUUUAAGCAUACUUACUGACUAAAAUAACGCGACAUAAAAUAGGACCGCUUUAGAAUUCAUGGUAAAAAAAAGGAAAUUCAUACCGUGAUCGAUUUGCAGGGUUAGUACUUGGUGGUAUAACCCUUAUUACGCAUCACUUCUCGCAUCCGGUUCGGCAUCGACUCCACCAGCUUUUGGCACGUUCUCACCGGGAUAGCGUACCACACCGCCUGGAUUCUCUCCCACAGCUGCUGCUUGUUUUUUGAUUUUUCGGUGUACACCUUACGUUUAACUAUUUCCCAUAGGUUCUCUAUGGGAUUGAGAUCAGGGGACUGUGCUGGAGAAUCCAUAACGUCUACCUUAUUAUCCUGGAACCACUUUCUAACCGUUUUAGCGGUAUGUUUGUGGUCAUUGUCCUACUGGAACUGCCACUUUAGGGGCAUCUCCCACUCGGUGUGUGGCAGCAUUACUUCCCGAAGUAUCUGGGCGUAGAGAUGCUGGUCCAUAAUCCGGUCGAUCCAGUACAAGGGACCCACACCAUGAUGCUACCUCCUCCAUGUUUGAAUGUUUUAUUUGUAUACUGGGGCAUAUACGCACAGCCGAGUGGGCGAUGGACCCAACUCUUUCCGUCCGAGCCGAUGAGGUUCACUUUGGUCUCAUCCGACCACAGCACAUUUCUCCAUAGUUUCUCCUUUUCCGGACCGACCCAAUCGAAGUGGUCCUUCGCAUACAUCAGCCGCGCCUUCAAGUGCUUCGGCGUCAGCAUCGGCACCUUCCGGAGACUUUUUCCUCCUAGUCCCUUCUCCGCCAACCGUCGCUGAACCGUCCGGGAACUCACAGAUAAGUUUAGCUCGUCUCUGAUCUGCUUGGACGCUUUGAAAGGGUCCUUUUGCGAGGCACGCUCGAUAACCGAAUCGUCCUUCGGCGUCGUUUUGCGGGGGCGGCCAGUCAGUUCCCGUUUGCCGGUGCUGUGAAGCGCGUUGAAAACGAAAGUUUUCUACCUUGCUAAGUAGUCGGCAAUCUCGCGUUGGCUCGUUGGCCAGCCUUGUACAGAUUCCGGAUGAUCGCUCGCUGGACCUCCGUGCAGUGCUGUGCCCGACCCAUCGCUUUUUCGCUGAAAACAGAGCAGGACGAAGGAAAUCUUUAUUUUUUGUUUGUUUUCAUGAUUUACAUGUUUAAUUUUAUGGGAAAUACUUACCAGGACACGAAAAUGGACAAACAACACCGAAAACAACACCUUUUCUUCAAAUCUAGAGCGCUGAAAAUGCCGGAACAGCCGAACCGAUGAGCUGGUCUUAUUUUAUGACGCGACUUUUUUCACCCUCUGACAGCUUUCUGGCCGAGUAGAACAAACGGGUUGCUUUGAUUGCAACAAACGUGCAGUACACUCUAAUUCUCCUUGACUCAGAUUUGAAGGAAAAUAAUUCAAAAUGCGCCAAAACUAGGAAAACUCAAAUUUUGAUUAGAGCGGUAAAACUCAGAAAUGAAUUGUAGGGGUUUUCGCGAAUUCUGAGUUGUUUUUGUUCAGGGUUGUUUAGGCUUGUUCAUGGAUCGACUGAAUGAAAAAAAAUCAAAAAUUUAUGAAAAUUCAAAGCGGUUUUGAAUGGAAUUUCUGAUUUCAAAAAUAAAAAGACGAUUGUACGGUGAAUUUAGAAGAUGGAUGCGUGCUUUUUAUCCGGUUGGUUUUAUUUUUUCAUCACAAAAAAAGUCAGUGUCACCGGGCCAUCUGACCGCAUCCAGCCGGGAGAACUUCGUGCUGUCCCACUUGGCAGUCUCUGAAUAAUCUAAAUUUACCGUGUACACAAAGUUGGCAUACUACAAUAAGCGCUAGGUGUCGCAUAUUAUUAUAUUUGAAUUGGCAGUUUAAAGGUGAUUUCUGAGAAAUAUGUAUUCAAAAAAAAAAAUUGAUAUGUAAAAAAGGAUUUUGUUUCCCAAUUUUGAUUUGAGUUCUUUUUCAAUUCUUUUCAGAUUUCUUCUCCAGAUAUAAGGCCCGCUAACAAGGCUUUAUGCCCAGAAAUAAAAAUAAUCGUCACAUAACAAAAUACAUUUUCUUUAGAACAUGUGUAUCCGUGAUCCAAACAGUCAGUUUAGACCCGAAUUCCGACCAAAACAACCGCCUUCGUUGUCCAUUAUAUUAGUUUCAACUCAACUUUAUUUGGAAUCGGUAUAAAGAUUGCUCCAAAACUGACGUGAUGUGGACGCAGCUCUAAACCGUUUGACAGUUAAUGGAACACGAGUGAGAUUGCCAGUUUUGUCACUGGAUUAGAUCUUAUUCUGUUGAUCGAAAUCUUGUAUAAAUUAGACCCAAGAAUAGAUAACGGAUACCAGUGCUCUAAUAAGUCAAGGGACCGUUCAGAUACCACGUGGACAGAAAAAUGAGAUUUUUUGACACCCCCCUCCCCCUCCGUGGACAAGCGUGGACAUUUGGCAAACCCCUACCCCCCUCCUCGGAUGUCCACGUGGACAGACUUGAAAUUGUUUUUUUUUUUCAAAAACUCAUUUGACAGUUAGAAAACAUUACUUUUUGCCUAUUUGUUAUUGGAAUUACUGAUAAAAAAAAAAAAAGAAAUAGCAUUACCUGAUGUGAAAUGAUUUAAAAAAAUUAAAUUUCUUAGUUAUCAUAUUCAUUACUUGCUUUCAAGUGGUUUUUAAUUGUUAAGACUUAAACUGGAAAGCUUUGUAAUUUUAAGAUUCAAACAGUAAGUAUGACCACGUGGACAUGACCCAAACCCCUACCCCCCUCUCCGUGGACAAGCGUGGACAUUUCCAUACUCUCCCCCCUCCCCCUAAGUUGUCCACGUGGUAUGUGAACGGCCCCCAAGGAGAUCAUGGUGAUGAAUAAACCAAUUGGUUUAAAAUCCCAAAAAAAGACAAGGAAAAAAUAAGUCUAGGAUACCAGGAUUUUUAGCUAAAUUUAUAAGUUUUCUGAAUAUUGUUAUUGGUUCAAUUGAAUUUAUUUUUCAAUUAUUUUGAAAUUUUCUCCUCUGCAAAGUUCCCAAAGAUUUUCCACCUUAGAACUAACUAUAGUUCGUCGUGAGUCAUGCCUUAAUGUUGUGUUGAUUGUCUCGAUAGUCAUAAAUAAGUUGUGUAAGCUUUGUUUACUAACACAAAAGGGAUCUUAUCGCUGCCAUUCGUUUGUUGUUGAUUAAAAUGUCCAACUUAAUUUGCCCCCAAUUCCCCUUUCCCUGAUCCGAUCCUGUGCCGCCGCCGCCGUCACGGCAGAGUGAACUAUAGUGAUCGAAAUAUGAGUAAAUCUAUUGUUUGUAAACAAUCCCCUUAGCGAUAAUGAGCGAUCGAUCGAUCGAUCGCGAGAGCUUUAACGGAGCUCCGUUAUCGGACGUUAGUUAAUGUAUAAAUCGUUAGAGAGUGAUCGCAGUAAAUCAAAACAUUGAUUAUACAAAACAACAACAAAAAAAGUAAGGUUAUGCGUGUCAUAAACCGAAACGUAAACAAAAAUAAUAAGAAAAAAGCCGUGCGUGACACGCACUAAGCAAGAAAGUUAGUAAUUUCCCCUUCCCCAUGAUAUGUUCAGAGUUGUGUAUAGAAAUCGUGGACGCCCCCUCGUAAUCGUGAUAGGGAUUGGCCCCGACGACGUUUCCGACGAGAGUAGCAAACUUCUCCAAGGUAGUGUUAGUUUAGUUACUAUACAUAUGUUCGUUGUUGUAUCGAUUUCUUCUACAUAUUUGUAUAAAUUAAACGAAAAAGAAAACAAAAAAAAAUCGACAAAGCGCAAAACAGCAGACAAAAACUGCACGGAAGGGAAAAGGAAGAAAAAUCAAAAAUUGUUGCUCGAGCCCUUUUUCACUUUUCAAAGCUACUGGUGAAGAUGAAGUUUGACUAACGCUAACGUCUUUCUGAAGAAGGUCUUUUUUGUCUAUUGAAAAAAAAAACGCGCAAAGCUUAGCAAAACAGAAACAACCCAAAUGGCUUUCACACAUACACAAGCUGUCUUAACCUUAGUUUCUCAAAAUAAACAAUCACUAGAAAUCACAAGAAAAGUAAAACAAUGAAACCAAUUACCCAGUACCUUCUAAAGCAAAGCAAGAAAAAAUAAGAAAUGAAGAAACAUAACAACAAACAAGACGAAAACAAGUUUUUAAGAGCGAAAUUUAUCAAUCAAUAAUCCUGUCCAUGCAUUUAGAGGUUUGUUUUUUUUUCUAAACCGUAACGCGUUAACCCGGAAACAAUAGGUGAGCAACAAAUCACAAUACUAUCCAUUGAAAAUUCAGACAAGAAACUCGAAAGCGACGAAAACUUUAAACUAAAGAACAAUAGAAGAACAGACUGGGAAAAAGAUGGGAACCUGUUUAGGAUGUUUUUUCUCCGAUUUUUUUGGGAGGAACAAUAAAAAACAAAACAAAAUGUCACUUAAGGAAGUAAAAAAACUAAAAAAUAGUAAAAAGAGACAAGAGGAGCUAAAGUUUGUUACGAAAACAAUUACAAAAAAACUGAAAGUAUUUUUUGUAGUGUCGCCAUCAGCAGCAUUUACCGGUAUAACGACGGCAACCUAAAACCUAACCUUAAACACCCAAAACCUAACAGCAGAAGCGUUCGAAAACAAUAAGCAAAACAAAAAGGAACAUCGUGUAUAGUGAAGGUAAACAACUAAUCAAUAAAACAAAACAAAAAAAAAAAGGGAAAAUGUAAUCCUUUAGCGAAUUUUAAAUAAAAAUAAACCAACCAAUACAAUAAUGAAGCGUAAGAACAAAAACAACACAUUUGAAAUGAAUAAGAAAAUAAAAACUAGCGUGUUUCGAGUAAACAAAAACACCCCCACUUACACACACAUGCAUAUAUACAAUAUAAAUGUUCAGGUGACAGAAAAAGUAACCAAGUGGGAAACAUUCACACACAGAAUUUUACACAGCUGGAUUGGGUAAACAACAAACAAUAAUAUGGUAAUUUGGGGGUAGUGUGUGAUAUACACACACACAUAAACAAAAACUCACAUAUUUAAAAAUGAGACGGAAGAAGGGAUGAGGGCUUUUUCUAGAAAAAAAAGUAAAGUAUUCGGAACGUGUGUGUGUUUGUGAGGUUGGAUAUGAGAUCGAUUGAUGAACAACAACGCCAGGCGCAAAGCUGCAGCAUUUUUUUGGUGGACAGUCAGUGUCAGUACGCAGCUCGGUUCGGUUUUUGAAAGAACACAAAAAAAAAACUUAAAUAAGGAAACAACAACAAAAAAAAAAACGGAAGGGUAUAGCAUCAUAUUAAAUGUAAUGAUUAUUAUUAUUAUAAAAAUUAUUAUUAUUAUUAUUGCUAAUAAUAUAUUGAGCGCGAACAGGUAUGACGUGUAAAACAAAUAAAUUAAGUAUGAUUAUUACAAUUGUAACAUUCUACACAUGAACUUAAAUAUAUAUAAAUAAUAAAGUAUAUUAAAAUUGA